AACACGGGGAUACAAGUAUAAACCCACUCACUCUAAACACAAACAUAAGCCACUGAAUCUUAUAAUCUUGUCUGUCCUAAACACCCAUUAAUCUCUCUCUCUCUCACCCUCCCUCCCUCCCUCUCUCUCUCUCUCUCACCCUCUCUCUCUCUCUCUCUCUCUCUCUCUCUCUCUCUCUCUCCCUCUCUCCCCCCUUCUCUCUCUCUCUCUCUCUCUCUCCCUCUCUCUCCCUCUCUCCCCCCUUCUCUCUCUCUCUCUCAUCUCUCUCUCUCUCUCUCUGAUAAUAAUAUAUAAACACCAAGUGGGCAAGUAGUGGUCUACUAUCUUGCUGUGUUGUUGAGCUCCAAAACACAUAAGUGUGUGAAAAUUAUUCGAUGGCUUUGUGUACAUUAGCAUUUCAUGGGAAGUUUAGCAAGGGAGCGAGUUUGGAUCUCCAGAAGUCUCGUUUGUGCUUUGGAACAGAUCUGCACUCUCAGUAUCCACAGAAACUUAAUCAGACAAGGAAAAGAUCACUUGGAAUAUGUGCAAAUCUGUCCGAGACAGGGGAAUACCAUUCUCAGAGACCUCCUACUCCUCUUUUGGACACGAUCAACUAUCCGAUUCACAUGAAAAAUCUGUCAACCAAGGAACUGAAGCAACUGGCAGAUGAACUGCGGUCCGAUGUCAUCUUCAAUGUUUCUAAGACCGGUGGUCAUCUUGGUUCAAGCCUUGGGGUUGUUGAGCUCACAGUAGCUCUUCAUUAUGUCUUUAAUGCUCCUCAAGAUAAGAUUCUGUGGGAUGUUGGACAUCAGUCAUACCCACACAAAAUUUUGACUGGAAGAAGGGACAAGAUGCACACAAUGAGACAGACAAAUGGCUUGGCAGGAUUUACUAAGCGAGCGGAGAGUGAUUAUGACUGCUUUGGUACUGGUCACAGUUCUACCACAAUUUCUGCAGGAUUAGGGAUGGCCGUGGGAAGGGAUUUAAAGGGAGCAAACAAUGAUGUAAUUGCAAUUAUAGGGGAUGGUGCCAUGACAGCUGGUCAAGCUUAUGAAGCUAUGAAUAAUGCUGGGUACUUGGAUUCAGACAUGAUUGUCAUUCUUAAUGACAAUAAACAGGUCUCUUUACCCACAGCUACUUUGGAUGGACCAGCAGCCCCUGUGGGAGCGUUGAGCAGUGCUCUCAGUAGGUUACAGUCCAACAGGCCACUCAGAGAAUUAAGAGAAGUUGCUAAGGGAGUUACCAAACAGAUUGGCGGGCCUAUGCAUGAAAUUGCUGCAAAAGUUGAUGAAUAUGCACGUGGGAUGAUUAGCGGUUCUGGAUCAAGUUUAUUCGAAGAACUUGGACUCUAUUACAUCGGUCCUGUUGAUGGUCACAAUAUUGAUGACCUUGUUGCCAUUAUGAAAGAGGUUAAAAGUACCAAGUCAACUGGUCCUGUAUUGAUUCAUGUUAUCACUGAGAAAGGCCGAGGAUACCCCUAUGCUGAAAAGGCUGCAGACAAAUACCAUGGAGUUGCAAAGUUUGAUCCAGCAACUGGGCAGCAAUUUAAAGCCAGCGCUAAAACUCAGUCUUACACAACAUACUUUGCAGAUGCCUUGAUUGCGGAAGCAGAGAGUGAUAAAGGAAUAGUUGCAAUCCAUGCUGCAAUGGGUGGAGGAACAGGCAUGAACAUUUUCCAACGCCGGUUUCCGACCAGGUGUUUUGAUGUUGGAAUAGCAGAACAACAUGCUGUAACUUUUGCAGCAGGAUUGGCAUGUGAAGGCCUAAAACCUUUUUGUGCAAUUUAUUCAUCUUUCUUGCAGAGGGCCUAUGAUCAGGUAGUCCAUGAUGUGGAUUUGCAGAAGUUGCCAGUGAGAUUUGCAAUGGACAGAGCUGGCCUGGUUGGAGCAGAUGGUCCCACACAUUCUGGAUCAUUCGAUGUGACCUACAUGGCUUGCCUCCCGAAUAUGGUAGUGAUGGCCCCUUCUGAUGAGGCUGAGUUAUUUCACAUGGUUGCAACUGCUGCUGCCAUAGAUGAUCGGCCUAGUUGUUUCCGUUACCCAAGAGGAAAUGGGAUUGGUGUAGAGUUGCCUACUGGAAACAAAGGCAUUCCACUCGAAGUCGGAAAAGGCCGGGUGUUGAUUGAAGGGGAACGAGUAGCACUCUUGGGCUAUGGAGCAGCAGUUCAAAGUUGUUUGGCUGCAGCUUACUUGCUAGAAACUCGUGGUUUACGUCCAACAGUUGCUGAUGCACGCUUCUGUAAACCACUGGAUCAUGCACUUAUUCGCAGCCUCGUAAAAUCGCAUGAUGUGUUGAUCACAGUUGAAGAAGGAUCUAUAGGAGGGUUUGGUUCUCAUGUUGUUCAAUUCAUGGCCCUUGACGGGCUUCUUGAUGAAAAUAUAAAGUGGAGACCAAUUGUCCUUCCUGAUCGCUACAUUGACCACGGAUCACCAGCGGAUCAACUAGCUGAAGCCGGACUGACUCCAUCUCACAUUGCUGCAACAGUAUUUAAUAUCCUCGGGCAAACAAGGGAGGCUCUAGAGAUCAUGUCGUAACUUAGAAUCAGGGUUGUUUAACCAUAAGUAUUUGCCAUCGAUGUACAAAAAUCAAGGCAAGUUACAAACUAAUGUGAAUACGUAAGAAUCUAUGGUUUGUUUUGUUUGAAUGUUAUAAGAGGUAGUAAUGGCGAGUUCAGUGUUUUUUGUGGUUUA